GAGAUUCUUGCCACAAGUUUUCGGUUGCGAUGUCCGAAUUUGAAAGAAUGUCCCGCCAUGGAACAGCAGACAUUGCACCCAGAUGCGUUCAAAAAUGAACAUGCCCCCAGCGACAGAGGCUGUAGCCAGUGUUUGGCAGCGUUGCGGAGGCGUAUUUGCUCAACUGGCAGAUCCCAAGCGCUUGGCUUGGCACUUGCCCGUCUACCGCAAACUGCGCUGCCUUGGCCGAGGUGCUUUCGGCAAGGCGUAUCUGGUGGAAGUGGUGAGGGGAAAGAGGGAGAUUGUCCAGCGCGUCUUGAAAAAGCUUCCGCUUGCCGAGGUGAACGAGGCUCAGCGAGAAGCUGCCUUCCGAGAAGCGCAGCUGAUGCGAAAGAUCAGCCGAGACUGCCCUUGGAUUACUCAGUUUCACGAGGUCUUGACUUGCAAGAGCGGCGCAGUUCUUUGUCUCAUCAUGGAGUAUUGCUCUGGGGGCGACUUGCGCAGCAUCAUUCUCCAUCAGCGGGAAAAGGACGAAAGAUUUCCAGAAGCGCAAGUAGUGAAGUGGGCGGCGCAGAUUGGCUUGGCUUUGCAGCAUUGCCAUCUCCACGGGGUGCUUCAUCGGGAUGUGAAGCCUGAGAACUGCUUCUUCAGAUCGACAGGAGGAGAUUUACUGCUUGGAGAUUUUGGCAUUUCCUGCGCAUUAGAUGAGCAAAAAUUUGCGAAGACUUGCUGCGGCUCGCCUCUCAAUCUAAGUCCAGAGAUUGUGAACCAAGAGCCGUAUUCGUAUGCCUCGGAUGUGUGGAGUUUUGGCGUGACCAUCUAUGAAGCCGCCAUGCUGGCACCACCUUUUCGCGGAAGCAAUAUCUGCCAGGUCGCCUUUCGCAUUGUCAGCUGUACCCCAGAGCCUCUUCCAUCUGCAAGUCUGCAGGGGCUGGUUGAAGGCCUGCUGGUUAAGGACCCAACCCAGCGGAGUACCCUGCGCAGCGCUUUGACGUCGCCGCCACUUGUAGGCGCCGUGCAGUUGCUCACGGGGCCCCUGCCAGCACAGAUGGAGCACGCGAGCGGCUUUGUGCACCGGCUGCGCCACACAACGCGCAGCGAGGAGGAGUACCCGGAUGACUUUGAGGAUGGAAGCGUGGAAAGCGAUGGCGAAAAUUUAGAGAUCAGCGAUGGCUCCUAUGAAUUGGAUUUUGAAGACCCAUCAGAGGAUGAAGUCCGGCCACCUGAGCUUUCCGAGGA